GGCCCCCGCCGGCCCGGGCCGGGCCUGGGAGCUCCGCGGAGCUGCGCGCCGCCGCCUCCAGCUCCACUGCCGCAGCGCGCCGCAGCCGGGCCUCGCCGCGCGGGUGCCGGAGAGGAAGGAGGGCUGGCAGCCUCGUCACGUGUGCGCUGCAGUCGCGAAACAGUUCCGGUGGUGAGGAGACCUUUCCAAAUAUAAGAGGAAUAAAGAAGUCACCUCCCCAGCUGUCAUCAUCUUCCAGCAGAUUGAGCAAGAAUAUUUUGAGCACUACAGAAAAGACAGUCCGUCAAACCCUAGAUGAUGAUCAGCCAUGUGACUUUUUCAAGAAGAGGAAUAGGGUGAAUGAAUCGCAUCAGAAAAGCAGCAUUAUGAAUGCUGGCGCAUCUUGGAAUAAAGUGCAACAUUCAAAGAAUUCUUCAGGAAAAAGGCAGAGUAAAUCCCAAGUACCCCAUGCUUCUUCCCAGCCGAGAAGCAGCCUCUCAGCUGUCACCCGGCCAACUGGAGAAAAACUUAAAGAAAGCAUUUCCCCAGAAGCAAGACCCAAAAGGAAUCCACUUGGGUCCAGAUGUCAGGGAGCCUCAGGGAAUAAAUUGUUUCUUGAUUUUCAGUCAAUGAGAAUUAUGAAAGAAGAUGCUGAUGAGGACAGUGCAAGUGAUCUCUCUGAUUCAGAAAGAAUUCCCAUUCCUCCUUCUCCCCUCACACCUCCAGAUCUCAAUCUUCGAGCUGAAGAAAUUGAUCCAGUUUACUUUGAUCUUCACCCUGGUCAGGGCCAUGCAAAGUCUGAAUACUAUUAUCCCGAUUUCCUUCCACCCCCUUUCAGCUCCUGGGACUUGCGAGAUAUGGCCCUGCUUCUGAAUGCAGAGCACAAAACCGAAGCUGGGCCACGGGUGGGAGGACUUCUUGGGAGGUAUAUCGAUAGACUUAUUCAGCUUGAGUGGCUGCAGAUCCAGACUGUACAGUAUGAAAAAGCAAAGGGGCCCAAAGCAAGGCCUCCCACUCUCCCUGGGACCCCAGGGGCACUGAAAAGCCCUGGGAGAACUAAGCUAAUUGCUAGUGCUCUGUCCAGGCCGCUACCUCACCAGGAAGGGGCUUCAAAGUCAGGCCCUUCCCGAAAGAAAGCUUUUCGCCGUGAAGAAGUCCAUCCAUCACAUUUUGCAUUUGAGACGUCCCCCAGGCCCGCUGAUGUGCUGGGUGGUACCAGGUUUUGUUCUCAGAAACAAACCCUUGAAAUGAGGAUAGAAGAAAAGAAAAAGAAACCCAGUAAGUGUGUGAGGCUGCAGCGUUGGGAUCUGUCCUGCGGUGACCGCAGCUCUAAGGUGGAAACCAACGGGAACAUUCGAAUUCCCAAACAGGCAGCUGUGGUGCUGGACUCAGCAGAUUCCUGCAAGGCCUCCAAAACACCAGCACAUGCACAUCCUAGGAAAAAGGGAAAGGCAGAGAGCGGUGGUCAUGCCACUGCAUCGAGUGAGAAAAAACUGAAAACAAAUGGAGUAAAGCAAAACACAUAUAAACUCAACUAAAUAUCUCAAAUGAGGAAUUGCCAAGACCCGCGGGCACCUCAAUGUUAGAGCUCUUCCGAAAGUCAAAAUGCUGUGAAUUUUAAGGAAUUUUACAAUACUGACAUUUAAGUAGUUGAUUGGCAUUUUUGUCCACUUUCUUUCUACCCCAGUGGGGUUAUUUUCAAAGAGAAGUGUCUUUCAAUAAGCCUUUCUUCUUGUCAGUCUUAGGCAAAUGAGAGCACUUUAGAUAAAAAUUACCUAAAAUAUGUGCCAUAUAAAGGAAUAAAAUGGCUCCUCUCGAGGUUUCUCCAUUGAAACCUCAGCAAUCGUAGCCGGCCUGUGUAGAGCAGAUGGCGGUGUUAUCUUCCCAUUUUCACGUGCACUUAAAUAUAUAAAUAGUGCAGACUUUCAAAUGGUGUGGAAUCCUAAAUAUUGAAAAUAAGGCCCUUCUUGCCCUCACUGACAGAGCACCGACAAUUAGCUUACUUCUCCCAGUGGCUCUCUUACUUUUUUAUAAGCUCUUCAAGCAAAAUUUCUGUUCAUUUUACCCUUAGGAGAAGCUUUAGUUCUUCCUCAAGUCAGGGAGUAGUGAGUUUGUGUUUUGGGUAGUCAUUUAUCACUAAGCUGCUGGCUCUUUAGAGACAGUGGAAUCUAGUGCUUUAAUACGUUUUCUUUGACAUGUUUUUUCUUUCUUUCUUUUUUUUAAAGGGCAUUUUAAACUUAGAGGUGGUGGUAAAAUCCAAUUUUUAGUUCUCCAAACUGAGGUUAAAAUAAUUUGCAGAAUUUUCCAAAGUCAAUGGCUUAGCAUGAUUACUGCUGUUUGGUGGGGAUAAGAAUGAAAUAUUUGACACCCCGGAAUUGCUGGCAUGUAAGGCUUCUCCAGAAAGGUGCCACAGGGAAAUCGCUCUUUACAAUUUGUAAAUGAAGGGUCUGUAAAAGGAUCAGAAUACAUGGAACUACAUUGAAUAUAUUAGUUACAAAGUUACUGAUUUGGGAUCCACACCCUGUUGUCCUUAGUCAAAAAUAAUGAUCCAUUUUAGUUUUCAAGAGCAGGAUUUUAUUAUCUUGCUUGGGGGUGAGGGGCGGGAGAGUGGAAUGUGAAUAAAGUUGCUGAAUGUAUUUAAACCCCCUUAUCUGGUCUUAAGGCUUCCUGACUCUCUCCAAGGUUUCUGGUUCCUAUAGUUGUGCUGUGAGCUUUCUGUUUAUAUUUGUGCAGUGUGUUUUAAUACUGCCCAUGUAAUUAUAGUUGAUUUUAUCCCUUUAAACAAUUACUGUAUUUGUUUUUCACAUAGAGAUUUCAAUUUUUUCACCUUUGGGGCAAAUGAAAAACUUGGCAUUUUUCAUUUGGGAAUAUAUAAUAGCUUUCCAGACAGCAGUAAAUGUCUGAAAAAAUAUCACAAACAGCAUAAGGACAAGAUUAUGUAGCUAUAAUUAUAUGUAUAUAAUUAUAAAAAACAAUGUGCAAAGGUUAAGUUUUAAGAUCUUUUGAAAUCUGAUUUUAAUCAUACCAAACGACAUAAAAUUUUUUAUGGUAGGCUUUUUCUUUCAAGACUUAAUUUUCAGACUUGUACAAGUUCUUUCUUACAUUCUUUCCCUCUCACACCAUCCUAUUGGAGAAAGCAUGCUUUUACACUAUGGUCUUUAAGCUUUUUAUGUGAAUGAAAGAUGUACAUAGAGUAAGCAUUACUUCCUUAGUCCUCAAAUAUACUAUAGUUUUUGUACUUAGUAUAUGUUUUCUAUUUGGAAAACAGCACUAUUCUUAGCUUUCAUGUGAUUCCCGAGUGAUGUCUGGUGUUCCCUGACUGCCCUGUUUUGUGAGCACAGAUGAGUCUGUUAUCCAUGGCUGGCACUUUGCCUAUGCUCCUUUCUCUGCUAGAUUUUUUGCAGCUCUCUAUGAAGUUUCAUGGCCAACAGACAUCCAAAAGCAUGAUAUUCUAUCCACAUGUGUAUAUAUAUACUCCUUAUGUUUAAACAAGGGUUUAUGCUGAGUUGCUACCUUUCCCUGUAAUGUAUCCAUGUGCAUACUCUUAGAGACCUUGAGUAGUUAAGGGUAAAGUGAUUUAUUAAUAUUUCUACUUGCCUUGUGUAUGUCUGAGCUGAAGACAAUCAUGAUUAAGAACUUUAGAGGUGGCCGGGCACGGUGGCUCAUGCCUGUAAUCCCAGCACUUUGGGAGGCCGAGGCAGGCGGAUCACCUGAGGUUGGGAAUUCGAGACCAGUCUGAUCAACAUGGAGAAACCCGGUCUCUACUAAAAAUUCAAAAUUAGCUGGGCAUGAUGGCGCAUGCCUGCGAUCCCAGCUACUCGGGAGGUCGAGGCAAGAGAAUUGCUUGAACCCAGUAGGCAGAGGUUGCGGUGAGCUAAGAUUGCACCAUUGCACUCCAGCCUGGGCAACAAGAGUGAAACUCUGUCUUAAAAAAAAAAAAAAAAAAAAGAAAGAAAGAAAUUUAGAGGUAAUAACUCAUACAUUUGUUCCCAGAUUUUUCAACUGAAGCUGAUUCCAUAAUCUGGGAAACAGUCAUAAUUUCAUGUGUUAAACAGUUUUAAAAGCCUGAAAAAGUGACUUCGCUUGUUUACUUUCUGCCUCAGAUUGGCUAUUUUAACCAAUAUUAUUGUGACUGGAUCAUAGCUCCUAGUGAAUAACAUGAAGUAUUUUAAAGUUAGGUCUGUUACAGAAUUAACAUAAGCACAAUUUUAAUUUUAUGAUAUGUGAUACACAUAUCUAAUACAUCUUAAUGCACUAAAUGCUGCAGAUAAGAAUCUUGCUAUUUUUCAAGUAGACAACAUUGGAAAGUUAAAUCAUGAACUCAUUCAGUUCAUCAAGUCAAAAACACUGAGUGUCUUGCUAGUCUAGUGACGUGGGUCAUUGUAUUUCCAAGAAGUGCCUCUCAUUUCGGGGGAGUUGUUUACAUAUACCCUGCAUUUAAAACAAUCCAAAUAAAACACACACACACACACACACACACACACAGAAAAGAAAAAUAUUGCAGGCUUAGAAUUAUCUGAUGGAAAAAUUGUAAAAAAGUACAAAAAUAAAAUAUAUCAGCAUUUGCAGUAUUCGCUAUGAUUAUUUAGGUUUAGACUCUUUCUCAACUUCUUAAAUGACUAAAUGGGCUGAAGACUUGUAACUAACUUGAAUUGGGUAGACUUCGUGCCCUGUGACAAAAAGGAUGGGGAAGAGAAUAGACCCAUAUGGUCUUGCCACAUACCUAAUAGCUAAAAGGAAAAUGGUCUGUAGUUGUUCUUGGGCCCAUAAUGUUGCUUUUCAGAAGGACAUAAGACUUUCUACUUCAUGUGAUAUGGGUAUUGUCUACUUCCUCAUUCCUGUAUGCUCAUUUAUUGAGUAGUUACAUAAAAAUAUAAGAUUCUUGGUGGUACUGUAUUUUAAGGUAAUUCAGAAGCAGUAUUUAUUAUUUAUGUACAUGUACAGGAGGACAUCAUUCAAAAUGGCCUCAAAAUAUUCAGCAUGUUUGUUAUUUGCUGUUAUAUUGUAUGUUUAGUUUUGUAUGUAAUAAACAGAAUUCAUGUAAGUUUUUGUGGACUUGAAUUUCUCCUUCCUUGAGAUCAAUUAAACAGCAGAAAAAUA